AUGUUUUAUGGAAUAGCUAGUAUUAGUGAAGUAUAUGGAUUACAUGCAAAAAACAAACGCUUAGCUGAUGAACGCUCUCAGCUUACAAAUCAGAAUACCAACCUCUAUGGAGACUACGAAAGGAUCUGGGACGAAAUCGCUCGCAUUCGUCUCGAAUUGGCCGAAUAUAAAGCUAGAGAAGAAAGACUCCUUGCUGAAAAAGAAUUCCUGCUCAAGGUACAAGAACGUGAAGUGGUGGAGAUUAACAAACUUCUCCCCAUAUCUUCAUUUGAUGCUAGACAAUUCUUUGAAAACGAUAUUGCCCUUGCCGUCAAAGACAUCAAACUCGAGUAUGAAACAUCUUACAAGCUAAGACGUGGUGAAGUUACAUCCCUCUAUCAGCAGAAGCUGGAUGAGUUGAGCACAUUGGCCCAACGAGCGAGCUCUGAUGAGUCCAGAUACCGUAGAGAUCAGAUUGCUAAGAUGGAAAAUAUGAUUGGUGACCUCAGGAUGAAUUUCCGUCCUCUUGAGGAUAAAAAUCAAACACUGGAGAAGCAGUACAAGCAACUUCAGGAUUCGAUAAAAACUGAUGAGGACCGCUUUGAAGCAGAGAAACGACGUCGUGACGGUGAGUACAAAGAUGCGCUUGCGAGAUACCAACGUUUGGUAAGUCGCAUUUUGGAAUGGUAGGA